CACUGGCGGGCCCCGGCUGCCUCCGCCGAGGUUGGCGGUGUGUAACCUGCCUAACGAGAUUAGCGGGGAAGGGGCUCUUCUCCGCAGCGACGCCGCCAGCACCAGCCAGAAAAGCCGCCGUGUGCCGGGGUUUGUCCAGAGGCGGAUUAUAAACUUUUAAUGGGAAACUCCACGCGGCACAUCCAGUGAGAUGGCAUCGGACAGCGAGGUAAAAACCCUACUGAACUUCGUCAACCUGGCCUCCAGCGACAUCAAAGCGGCUCUGGAUAAGUCGGCUCCUUGUCGCCGGUCAGUUGACCACAGAAAAUACUUGCAGAAGCAGCUCAAGCGGUUUUCCCAGAAGUACUCACGGAUCCCGCGGUGCCACCCCGGCAAAGCCCCCGAGAGCGGCUGGCGCAGGGUGGUGGAGGACCGGGGCCGUGUCCCCCAGCCUGAGCUGCCCGACCCCAGCCCCCAUGGUGGGGCUGUCACCGAGAAGGUGCUGCGGACAGGCGAGGCGGAGGAGAGCCUCGCCAGGGAAGGGGUUUUGCAGGAGCAAAACCCCGAGGCCAGCAGGCCGGACCAGGUGCCCAUGAGGAAGCGACAGCUCCCCGCCUCCUUCUGGGAAGAGCCACGGCCAGCCCCGAGCCUGCCGGCCAGGGCCUUCCCUGCCGCCAUCGAGGGGCUCCCGGCCCCCAGAGACCCUCCUCCCUAUGAGGGGAAGAAAUGCAAACGGAGCUCAGACACUGCCAGCCCAGAGAGCCCCCCCGAGCCUGCCCCACAUGCCGGGGACAAGGACCCUGUUGGUGUCCUCUCGGGCCGGGUGGGUGCCUGGACCUGCUGCCCCUUCCCCUGCCCUGGGCCAGGGGUGUACCAGGCCCCGGGCACGCUGGCCCCAUCACCAUUCCCUGGGCUGGGGCUGUGGAGGAAGAGUGCGGCCGCGUUACCAGCUGAGGUGCCACACUUCUGCAAAGAGGCCGACGGCACGGGGCAGAAACUCUACCGGCCCGUGGUUUUGAAACCCAUCCCCACCAAGCCUGCCGUCCCCCCGCCGAUCUUCAAUGUUUUUGGCUAUCUUUAGCCCCCUGGGGUUGGGGGGGUAUCAGAGUCAUGGUGAACACGAGUGCUCCUGAGAGUGAAUUGCAACGCCCGGUUGGGCGCCGUGGGGGGAAGGAGGCCAGCCAUCGCACCCGCUUCCUCUUGGGUGGGCUGGAGAAAAUUAGUAACUGUCGGGAAGCUACUCAGGCUCUGCUCUCCGCUCCUCCACACGGGUGGAAAUUGGGAAUAAGCUUUAUGAAGCUGGUGGGACGGAGUGUGAGGCAAAGCAGGGCUCUUUCAUCGACGGGCAUUGUCUGAGCUGCAGC